AUAAACAAGGUGAAAGGUGAGGAGAAGUCAAAUAUAAGAACCAGUUUCUGCUCAGGACAGAGUGUGGCAGCAGACGAGUGUACCAGCAGGGGGCAGUCGUGAAUCCCUGAUACCAUUGUCCAUAAUGCAGACCUUGGUAACUUUGUGUGCUCUUCUCCUGUUCCUCUUUUCUGUCCAUGCAGAUGUUGUGGAUCGCUUUGAGGAUGUACCAGAAUGUUUGAAGUACUUCUAUAAAGAGAAGGUGCCAGAGUGGGGGACUUCUACACCUGGUGCUGCCCGUCUCUGUCAGCGCUUCGUCAACAGGUACCACUUUGCCACAUUGUAUGACACCAACCAUCGCAUUGCUGUCUACUCUGCCUAUCAUUUCCAGCCCAGCAAUGGAGGUGGCAGGGAGAGGAGAUGGUUUGUCGAGCCUCAGCUGGUAAACUUGUCCUGGCAAGCUGAGAUGAAGGAUGGCUACUGGCUGGGGAAGGACCACCCUGGGGUCUACCAAGGAGAGAAACAGGCUCUGAAUGAAGACUACACACACUCUGGCUUCGACCGUGGUCACCUUAACCCUAACGGACACCAUGCAGUCCCUAGCCGCAACGCCACUUUCACCCUGACCAACGUGGUCCCUCAGAACCCCAAGCUGAACCAGAACGCCUGGAGGAUCCAUGAGUCCCAGCUCACCGACCUUUUCAAGAGCAAGUGCUCUAAGGCCUAUGUGCUGGUGGGUGCCAUUCCCUCUGCAGACAACUGGAUUGUCAAAAACAAUGUGAAGCGUGUCAACAUCCCAGACUACCUGUGGAAUGCCUUCUGCUGUGUGGACAACAAUGAAAGGCCCCUUCAGAGUGGUGCAGCCACAGCGAGGAACACAGAGGAGAACUGGGUGGAGAAGCUCUCUCUGGACAAACUGGGAGAAUUCCUGCAGCAGUUCUCCAAUCAGCCAGUAGGGGAGCUGUUUUACAACAACUGCAGGGCUUGAAAAGAUGAGCAGAGGGACAAUGAAAAAAUAACUUUAGGUGCCAUUGCCCUUUAAUUUUACAUGAGAUUUGUAUAACGACCAAAAGCUAUUUUUGAUAUUGAUUCUAGUGUGAUAAUACAGUCACCAUUUAACAGCAACAAGACUAAAGCAUCCAUUAUCGCUCUUCUCAUUAAACAACAAAUAGAUGAAUAAAAAUAAGUAGCAGAGAGAUAAAGUGGCUAUUCAUUGGUGUCUAUU